AUGGUUUGGCAUGCUUCGUGGGCGCUAAUCGGCGUUCUUGUCACCAUUAUUGUCCCGUCUACCGAAUCCAAUAUCCAAUUCGGAUGCACUGUCCAUCAAGAAGAAAGGAGAGAAAGAGUGCAACAGAUUCUUGCUCCAACAUGUGCCGUAGGAACUUGCGACGGCCAAUACCGUUAUCUGAAACAGGUGGGCAAGGGUUCGUAUAGUGCCGUGAUAAAAGCACAGUCAUCGACCACUGGCGAGCUUGUUGCCAUCAAAAUCUUCGACAAAAAGGAAGACAAAGAAUCCUUCGACGAGUACAUUGAGAAAGUCCAGUCCGAGUUUGAUUUAGCGUCUCGAUUGAUACACCCUCAUAUCAUCCGAUCGCUCGAACUAAGACAGGACGAGGAAACAUGGUUAUAUGUCAUGGAGUAUUGUGAUACUCAAUUGAUUGCGAAACUGCUCUCCCAAAGCAUGACUCAAAACGAUAUGUCAGACAUAUUUGUGCAACUUUUGAAAGCUGUACAGUAUCUACAUACGAGAGAAAUUGCGCAUCGUGACAUCAAAAUCCACAAUAUAAUGCUAUGUAGCGACGGGAACGCCAAGUUGAUUGAUUUUGGCGAAGCAUUGAACGUGACUCGGGCUGAAGAUGGGAGCACAGACUUUGUCGGUACAUACGAAUAUAUAGCUCCUGAAGUGUAUAGGACAGAGCCAUAUAACGCUUUAAAGGCGGAUGUCUGGGCAUUAGCCAUCCUGUUUACGGCACUAUCGCUACAGGAAUAUCCCUGGCAGCGGGCUAAGAUGACCGACUCUAGUUUCUCUGCCUUUGCCCAAGACCCAUACGACACUCUCUUAGUCCGUCUUCCAAUAGAGUCGCACCGUGUCAUCUCCCAUAUGCUGAAGAUUGAGCCUACUAGCCGGGCUGAUCUUGAUGAUAUAUUUGAUGAUCCUUGGAUCCAAGAGGCCAGCAAGAACUACAUGUAUAUUUAG